UUCACAGUUUGCGCUCAACCUUUGAGAGAAGCGGAUCUGCGUUAUCUCGCUCUAAUCCAAGAUCAAGAAACAUUGAUGUGGAUUUAGUUGGAGAUAGAAGAUAUUCAAAAAUAGCUGAAACCCCAGAAUAUUUUUGAAUCGGCGAACAUUAACAUUUAGUUGUGACAAAAGAUUCCGUCAACUCGGAUUUGAGGGAUUAUGAAAAUGUGUUUCAGACAUGCGUUGCCUGCGCUUCUUUUAGUGGUGUGUGUUGUGGGGAGCUUAGACGCCAUGAUGGAUGUUAACAAUGGCGGCGGAGAAAUUAUUAGGGGGCUCCCUUGUGUUAAACGAUUAAAUCAGCUAUUCUGUCCCUCUGCAGGAACAAAUUACCCGAAUACUUUUAUAGAGAAGUUUAUAGAUGAUAACAAAGCUCUAAUGAGAAGGAUGUACGGAGAACUUCAGCAAACCACAACGGUUACAACAGUCAGGGUUGUCAGGACCUUUAACGGCAUAUCCAGCUAUAGCGUUUCGGCGCCCCUGACGUCACAAUUUGUUUCUGCCCCUGGAUUUAAAAGAUUUCGACGAGAUGUGUUGGAGGGAACCCUGGAGGAGAUGGAGGCACAAGAAGAGUUUGAGGCAGAGGAGGCUCCCUUGGAGGAGGAGUUGGAGGGAUUCAAUGCAACUUCAACAUCGAGGGGAAAGAGACAAGCAGACUUUCCUGGAGCCCCUGAAACAAAUACAAACAAGGAGGAUGUAUGUGAGAGCAAAAUAGAGAUUGUAACCCCGUACUGGGCCAGUAACAGUAAUGGAAAAGUUAGAGCUAUUCUUAACAACAAGGCAUUUGAGCAAGCGAUUCACCAAGAGAUCUGUUCUGGUUCUGCUACAGCUCGAUGUACAAGGGACUGUUCCUGCGAGCAGAAGUAUAAAUGGCACAGACUGCUGGCCUACGAUCCUAACAAUGAUUGUGCUGGAGUUUUCAUGGAUUGGUUUCUUUUCCCUUCAUGCUGUGUUUGCAGAUGCAACAAGAAUCCAUUCCUGAGCAACACAUCCAAUUAAAGAACAGUUCUAGCCAAUCAGAAUCAAGUUCUCAGUUUUUCAGCCAAUCAGUAUCAAGUUCUCAGUUUUUCCGCCAAUCAGAAUCAAGUUCUUAGUUUUUCAGCCAAUCAGAAUCAAGUUCUCAGUUUUUCAGCCAAUUAAAAUCAAGUUCUCAGUUUUCCAACAGAUCAGAAUCAAGUUCUCAGUUUUCCAGCCAAUCAGAAUCAACUUCUCAGUUUUCUAGCCUAUCAGAAUCAAGUUCUCAGUUUUCCUAACCAAUCAGAGCAGACCUUUCCUUCUGAACCAAUUAGAACAGAUCUUCCAUUUUAUCCAAUCAGAAAUGAUCAUUAAUUAUCUAGCCAAUCAGAAUAGAGUUCUCAGUUGUCGAACAACAUUUCUUGAAUUUUUCAGCCAAACAGAUUAAAAUUUAUUGAAAUUCGAUAAAAAAGUUUUUUUCUUUUAAUUGCGCAAAUUACUUUCCAUUAAGCUUUCCGUAAAAAAAUAGUUGCUUUUUGUUUAAACUGAGAAGCAUUCAAAUUAUCCGUUUUCAAACCAGCUGUCAUAAAAAAACCCUUUUCUCUUCCAUUUUUGUAACAAAUUUUUACUCUAACCAUAUCUUGAAGGACUUGCGAUUAAAUUUCACUUUUUAUUCUAGUCUUGAACCCC